AUGACCCUCGAAAACGACGCGGUCGCCGGUGCCACAAUUGAGCUCCUCGAGACCCGUCUGCGGCGUCUCACAUACCUCUUGACCGGCGAUGCAAACUGGACUGGCAAUCCCACGCCGCCCGCAAAGCCCGCAUCUCUCGAUGACAGCGUCUCGCGCCGUCUUCUUCGCCUAGAAAGGGACCUGGAAAAGCUGAGCAGAAACAUUCCGGCCGUCAGAGAUGUCCUGAGUCUCCGUAUGAAUGACCUUCUUACAUCUGAUGAACUGUACGACCGCUUCCCCGACCUCUUCCGCCAAACACCUUCCAAAUCACUCCCUGAGAAUCUAUCGACACAGAACCUCGCCUCAAUUGUCCUAUCCUACGCUUCUGCAUUCCCCGAAACCGCCUCCCGACUCACUUCGUUGAAUGACCUCCCCAUCCCGGACGCCGAGACUUCAGCGUCGCUUAUCCAGCUCCAGCCGCGACUGGACCAGUUGGCGCGAACUCAGGAGGACCAGGCCAAACAAAUCUCCGAGCUACGUGUGCGGUCUGCUCGAGUCUUGCAGCGAUGGUACGAAGUGGCGCUGGUUAGUGGCGGUGAAUGUUGGGCCGAAUGGGAAGGAAGACUGGAGGAUGUGGAAAGGGAGGUCAAACGGGAGGAAGUGGUGAGGGAGCGGCGAGCGAAGGAGUUGUGA